AUGUCCUUCAUACAAAACGAGACAGAACCUACGCAACAGCCCUCAAUGCGAAGGAGUUGCGGCUUCUGCCGGUCGAGAAAGAUUCGCGCAUGCCGAGAGAGGAAUAUCGACUGUGUUUAUGGCCGGGAAGGCUCCAAAGGUCGACCCAGAGGCGUGACCUCGAAGACUGCAAAACGAGGAACAAGCCAAAGGGUCGACAGCGCAAACUCGGUCCCUACUAUGAAGAAUCCUCCAACACCCUCUCCUAUCCUUGAUCCUAGCCUCAACAAUUUCAACACACAAGUCUCUCGUCAGACAUACCAGGCUUUCAGACCGAGAGAACGCUCGUGUACUCAAGAGGAAGACACGGCAUCGAAACAUACCAUUGCUGCCGACCUUCAGCAGAUCUUCAGUCGUCUCUUUGAUGCUCAAGGGUCGGAGAGGAUCGAGACCUGCCCCAACGCCAUUUCCGCCCUUAGCCGCAAGAACUCCGAGACCCAGACCUCCAUCCAUAGCCGCGAUACAUUGCCUCGUCCAGCAAUCACAUACGAAGAGCCCUUGCGUGUCCUGAUAAAAGACUUUGUGGAGAUGGUGGCUCUACAAUUUGGCGACUUGGGCUGCGACCAGGUUGUUGAUGAUGAUGACGGUUCCCGGCUCUUCAAGAGAUGCCUAGCCUUGGAUGAUACCCAGAACAUGUUCGAUCAACCAACCGAAGCCCGAAACCCACUUCUUGACUAUAAUGACCACCAGACCCUGCAAAUGGUUGACGUCUGGUUCUCACAUCACCCUCUUGCCGUCAUCGUCUCCAAGACACUGUUACUACGAAGCUGCCGGGACGGAGCCCGCGAUAAUAUACUCCUCGCUGUCAUUCUGGCUGACGUCAAAUUCGCUGAGAAUGACUCGGAAGCACGUGACAAAGGAAUUGAGAUUUUCAGAUGGGCCAACUCAAAAUUCUUCGAUAUAUCCGGUACCAACGUCGACCUCGUUACCGUGCAAGCGUUGACAUUGCUUGGCUGGUAUGAACUCUGCGCUGCCAGAGCUAGGCGAGCCAUAUGUUAUUUCCUUCAUGCCAGCAACCUUGUCACCAGCCUCCAGGCACCCACAAUUCGACUGAACCAGAUCAAUGGAUUGGACAUUGGCGAGGUCGAAGCUGAGUUAGCCCGGGGUAUUCGGUGGAUCACUUUCUCCGUCAUACUUUGGGCUUUCAUGCAAAUGGAUGCUCCGAUAAUGGAGCUACUGCCGUCCAGUUCAUCGACUUCUUUCCCGCCGAUAGACGAGACAUUUUCAAAGGUUUUCGCGCUUGACUCGGCAUCAGAUAAUAUAUCAACGCUGCCAUGCCAGGCUAAAACCAUCCGCGAUCUGUGGCCAAUCAGUCACGUGGCGUCAACGACCGCUCACAUCUAUGCUCUUUACCCUCGAAAACAGAUCCUGGCGGAACCCUCGAAACGGGCAUCGUGGCAUACAAGAACACUGCGCCAGCUGCAGCGCUUGUCUAGCCCACUUCAGAAUACUCCCGAAGACGUCUCGACUCUGUGCUCGAAGGUUCGCCAUGUGCUAGUUGGCGCACUGGAGCUGUUUGAACCUCAUGCAGGAUGCGAAAUCUCUCAAAGCAUUGUCCUAUCCACGUAUCACACUAUGAUCGUUCACUUUCUUUUUCCCCGAUCUCCCGACCUCCGGGGGAGCAUUCCCGUGACCGACAGCCUGAUAGAGGAUAUGUCUCGGUCGGCGAGAGCACUUCUGGAAGUCAGCGCUGCAUUAGAAAGACCGCAGGACAGUGGCCGAAUGACUAUGGACCUAUGUCCUUGUACUAUUGCGGAAGUUCUCGUGCUGGGCUUGGACGCUUGUGGCAGAGCACUUGCGUACUUCCAAAGUCGCUCUCGACUCAAUCAGGAACCUGAAGCCUCGCUCGUUUCGGCCAAAAACGAAGAACUGUCGAGCUUGGCCUCGAAAUUGCUUGUCUUGUCCAAGCAUGGGAAUCUACGCCAGGCCAAAAGAACCAAGGCCGCGAAGAAGCAGCUGAAGCAGGUGGUGCAGACAUUCCACGAAUUGAACCCGAAUACUACCCAAAUGUUCGACUUCUCCACCAAUGACUCUUUUUUGUCUGGAGAGUAUCCGGUCCUGAACAGGCCACCUGACUUCAACCUUGGCAUCACGCAUUCUUUGACCAAUUCUACUUCCUCUGCAGUGUCACGCGAGUCCUCAACCAAGGACAUGAUGUUUCCACCUUUUGGACCAUUUAGCCGAAAGAACAUGGACAACGUGUCAGCCGGUGAUCUCACCCCAUUUCCAGAUCAGAACGCUGUGGGCACUGACUGGACCGAAAUCGAUAUGAUGGGUUUUGGCGGCACUGGUCCCACUAUCGCUGGAGACUUCGGUGGCUAUGACUUUCCAGAAAUAGGCAACGGGAAUUUCGAUACAGAAGCGGGACCUGACGCGUUGUCAGACGAUCACGGAAACCAUGGCCGUGGAAGAAACUUUGACGACUCUGGUUUUCGUUCAUGA